AAACUAAAUGUCUCAUUAGUGGACCAAACCGAUGAACUACUGGAUAAAGCUCGUAAAAGCAUUGACACCAACUUGCGUCGGGUCGCCAAGAAAAAGCACGCCGACGAUAAAACCGUGAGUUCCAAGUUGCUCGGUGUGCAGUCCUUCCGCAUUAAACUUACAACAGCUGUAAAAGAAGCUGAUUUAGUAAUUGAAGCAAUCGUAGAAAAUAUUGAUGCGAAGAGGAAAUUGUUCAGUGAAGUCGAAAAGGUAGCAAAACCCGAUACCAUCCUGACCACGAAUACGUCAUCGCUUCGUUUGGCUGACAUUGCUAAAAACCUGAAAUCGAAGAGUAAUUUUGGAGGACUUCACUUUUUCAAUCCCGUACCGGUUAUGAAGCUUCUUGAGGUUGUUCGCCAUGAUGAGACGUCAAAGGAAACGUUUGAAAGCCUUAUGGAAUAUGGCAGAAAUAUCGGAAAGACGACUGUAGCGUGCAAGGACACGCCAGGCUUCAUUGUGAAUCGUUUGCUUGUACCGUAUAUGUUCGAGGCCUGCCGAAUGGCCGAACGUGGUGAUGCUUCUAUGGAGGAUAUCGACAUAGCAAUGAAACUUGGUGCUGGUUAUCCUAUGGGACCGUUUGAACUAUGCGACUAUGUUGGACUUGAUACCACAAAGUUUAUCAUGGAUGGAUGGCAGGAACAGUAUCCAUCGGAGGCUCUUUUUAAACCGAGCAAAAUCUUGGAUAAACUAGUUAAGGAAGGCAAAUUUGGGCGAAAGUCUGGUGAAGGUUUCUUCAAGUACACGAAGUCUUAA